AUGACCGCGAAUUUCCGACAUCCUUUUCAAUGCAUCCGGUACAUUGAGAGGAGUCUCAGGGGCUUUAAGCCUCUUUUGGUUGCAUCAGCGGGUUCAAGGAUUUAUACCUACUCUGCUGAAACCGGACAACGUCUCUCUGUUUGGCCUCGGGAUCCGGAUCAAAAGAACGAAAAGAGCUCCAAGACCACUGGUGCAGAUUCGAUCCCCGAGGAUCAGGGACCUCCGGAGAAAAAGAGAAAGAUAACUCAAUCUGGAGAUGAUUUGGAAGAAUCUAAAGAUGAUACUCAAUCAUCGGGUGAUCAUCAAAACUCGGUUAAUUGGUUGAACAUCCCUUUACUGGCUCUUACCUCGAACGGGGACCAUCUUGUAGCCGUUACGGCGGAAGACAAAUGUAUUCGGGUCCUCGAGAUUGGAGAAGACGGAAUUCUACAGCAUUUAAGCGAACGAUCUAUGCCAAAGCGACCUUCUUCCAUCGCUUUGACUAGUGAUGACAGCAGUAUUCUUUGUGCUGACAAGUUUGGGGAUGUCUAUUCCUUGCCCCUGCUACCUGGAGAGCAAAAGAGUCUCCCGAAACCUCAAGCUCCCGGCAAAUCAAAGCUAUUCAAGCCGGCAGCGACAACUCUCACUGUACAUACGAAACGGAACCUUCAAGCCCUGGAACAGCAGUUGAAGCACUCAAACAAGAUACCAAGUGGCAAAUCUACUCCCAGUUUUGAACUUAACUUGUUGCUUGGCCAUGUGUCGAUGCUCACGGAUCUGGCUUUCGCUUCGCUUCAACUGGACACGUCCAACAACCGUGCUCGUCAUUAUAUACUGACUGCAGACCGGGACGAACAUAUUCGUGUAUCUCGCGGUCCUUCCCAAGCACACAUUAUUGAAAACUAUUGUCUUGGCCAUACUUCAUUUGUUAGCAAGCUCUGCAUUCCACGAUGGGCGCCUGAGAUCCUGGUAUCUGGAGGAGGUGACAAUUAUAUCCUUAUUUGGAGAUGGGCUGAAGGUCGUGUACUGCAAAAGGUCCCAUUGGUAAAUCAGGAACAGGAAGCUAUGGAUAUUACUGUACGAGGAAUUUGGGCGGUAUCUUUCCCAGAACUUGGAGACACUUCCAAGACCGUGAGAGCGAUCCUCGUCGCACUAGACGGGUCCCCACGGCUUCUAUAUUAUUCCUUUGAAUCGGAUGAUACUUUGAAACCCCAAGGCUUCAUACUGCUUUCUGGGAAUGUCCUAGACGUAACCAGCAAUGAAGCCAAGGGUGUUAUUUUCGUCUCUGUCGACUGUGUUCGCGAGGCUGGGUCGAUGCAGACCUGGAGAACUAGUUCCACCUCCAAUCAAACCGUUGUUGAAUCAUUCAUUGCUAGAUUAGGACAAGAGACUCUGAAGUGGGAACCAGUUAAAGAUUCAGUGACUACCAACAUCAAUUCGGAAGGGACCUCUGAGAUCCCUGCGAGUGUUGAUGGGAAGCAAAAGAAAGAACUGAACGAGUCUCUAUAUAGCUUGGGAAAUCUCCGGAAGAAGGCGUUCACCGAUGAAUAG